AUAUACAAAAAGCCUGUUUGUUAUAUAAAAAACCAUCUCCAAUUUUCUUCACUCUCUCCCAAAAAGCAAUUGAUUCAAACAUGGUUGAAGGAUUUGGUCUUCAAAGAAUGUUGAAGGCUAAAGCUUUGAUAAUCAGAGUCAACUUGCUCUUCCUAGCUUUCUUCUUGCUCAUUUAUGUUGCCCUCCUCCUCCGCCGCCCUUCUUCGUCUUUCGCCCCGUAUUCUCUCAAUGCUGCUUCGUUCGUCUCGUGUUCUCUUCGCGAGUGCCAUCCCAAGAUGAAAGCAGUUUUGGAGGAGACUGAACCAAGAUUGCCUUUACAGUUGAGGAGGAAUAUGACAAAGUUGGAGAUACCAAUGAAGCUUUGGAAGAAAAUGGGGAAAUCAAUAAAAAUUGGGAUGGUGAAUUUGGAUGAAGAAGAUAUCAGUGAGUGGGAGGCAAGUUUUGAUAUCAUACACGUCGGUUUCGAGAAGGUGUCCAAAUAUUUCGAGUGGAAGGAUUUGUUUCCGGAGUGGGUUGACGAAGAGGAAGACCUAGAUGGUGCAUCAUGUCCAGAGAUACCGUUACCAGAUUAUCGAAGAUAUCAAAAAGUCGAUAUGAUAGUGGCGAAGCUGCCAUGUCGGUACCCGGAGGAGGGUUGGGGGAGGGACGUAUUCCGGCUUCAAAUACAUUUGAUAGCGGCCAACAUGGCUGCAAAGAAAGGUAAGAGGGACUGGUUUUCCCGGACGAAGGUGGCGUUUUUGAGCAAAUGUCGACCAAUGAUGGAGCUUUUUCGGUGCAACGACUUGAUCGGCCGAGAGGGAGAUUGGUGGUUUUAUGAGCCGGAGAUGAGUAGAUUGGAGCAAAAGGUUUCAUUGCCGAUCGGGUCUUGUAAAUUGUCAAUGCCCAUUUGGGAUCGAGGAGUGGAGAAAGUGUACGAUCUUUCCAAAAUCCAAAGGUUAACAAAGACGGUAAAACGAGAAGCAUACGCCACCGUUAUCCACUCUUCAGAAGCUUACGUGUGCGGCGCCAUUACCCUGGCUCAGAGCCUACUCCAAACCGGAACAAAGCGCCAUCUUAUCCUCCUAAUGGACGAUUCUAUCUCCAUGUCCAAACGCGCCGCCUUGGUCUCAGCCGGGUGGAACAUCCGGAUCAUAACCCGGAUCCGAAACCCCCGGGCCGAGAAAGACUCUUACAAUGAAUACAACUAUAGCAAGUUCCGGCUGUGGCAGCUCACUGACUACGACAAGAUCAUCUUCAUCGACUCCGACAUCAUCGUCCUUCGCAAUCUGGACCUUCUCUUUCAUUUCCCUCAGAUGUCCGCGGUCGGCAAUGACAACUCCAUCUUCAACUCUGGUAUCAUGGUUAUCGAGCCCUCCAAUUGUACGUUUCGUGUCUUCAUGGAGCGGCGUGACGAGAUCGUCUCCUACAACGGAGGUGACCAAGGAUUUUUGAACGAAGUGUUCGUGUGGUGGCACAGGCUACCACGACGAACAAACUUCCUAAAGAACUUUUGGUCGAACACAACACUAGAGAGGAGCGUGAAGAACGAGAUGUUCGGGGCCGAUCCACCGAAGCUUUAUGCGAUACAUUACUUAGGUUUGAAACCAUGGUUAUGCUAUAGGGACUACGAUUGCAAUUGGAACAUAGACGACCAACGGGUCUACGCUAGCGAUGUGGCUCACCAAAGAUGGUGGAAGCUACAUGACGCCAUGGAUGAGAAGUUGCAAUCAUUUUGUAAGCUUACAGAGAGAAGGAGGAUUGAGUUGGAUUGGGAUAGGAAAAUGGCUAAGAAUAUUGGCUAUGAGGAUCAGCAUUGGAACAUUAACAUCACUGAUCCUAGACGGAUUCAUUUGGUUUAGAAAUCAUAUGAAAGUUUGUUGAUUUCCAUUUUUAUUCUUUCGUCCUUUCUUUUUCUCGUUUGGUGAUGAUUUUUGAUACACACAUUUAUAUGUAUAAUUGGUUUUAGUAUAAUUUAUGUGUGAAUAGUUCAUUAUGUGUUCAUAUUAAAUUCUAUAAACGAUGAAAAUUUAAAAUUCAUUUUGAAAUGAUUCUUUUAAA